AUAACCCAGCCCGGCGUACCCUUGUUGUUCAAAUCCAAGAUUACCUCUCUCUCUCUCUCUCUCUCUCUCUCCCUUCUUCUCUGAUUCGGGGCCUCGCUUCUCCCAGUGAAAAAGAAUGAAGAAAAAAAGAGGAAUGGAAAAGGUUAAGAGGCUGGAAGAUAUGGUAAAUGCUGAGAAUGAUGAUAGUGAAGGUGAUCCUUGGUGGUGGCUGGUUCAAAAAGGGAUUAAACAUUCGUUCCUUUGUAUAUCCCUAUUCGCGCUAUUGGUACGCGUAGCUGUUGGUCUCCAUCCAUAUUCCGGUGCCAAAACUCCCCCUAAGUAUGGGGAUUACGAGGCACAAAGGCAUUGGAUGGAGAUUACUCUUAAUCUUCCAGCCAAGGACUGGUAUCGCAACAGCAGUGUUAACAAUCUUAGUUAUUGGGGCCUUGAUUAUCCACCGUUAACUGCUUAUCAGAGUUACAUUCAUGGGGUUUUCCUUAAAACUUUCGAUCCUGACUCUGUUGCGCUUUUUACUUCCCGGGGUCAUGAGUCCUAUCUUGGGAAAUUGCUCAUGAGAUGGACAGUUUUAUUUUCUGAUGUGCUGAUAUUCUUCCCAGCAGUUCUUUAUUUUGUGUUUGUGUAUCGUGCCAUGCAGUCUGGCAGGGGCCGUAAAAGUGAUGUAGCAUGGCACAUUGCAAUUAUUCUACUCAACCCAUGCCUGAUCCUAAUUGACCAUGGUCAUUUUCAGUACAAUUGUAUCAGCUUGGGUUUUACCAUGGCCGCUGUUGCUGCAUCACUCUCUCAGAGGGAUCCUGUGGCUUCUGUCCUAUAUUGUCUUGCUCUCAACCAUAAACAGAUGAGUGCAUAUUUUGCACCUGCAUUUUUUAGCUAUCUAUUAGGUAAAUGCCUGAGGCAUAAGAAUCCACUGCUUGAGGUGUCAAAGCUGGGAUUGAUGGUUAUAGGAACGUUUGCAAUUGUCUGGUGGCCAUAUCUUCAUUCAAAAGAUGCUGCUUUCAGUGUUCUAUCUCGUCUUGCUCCAUUCGAGAGAGGGAUAUACGAGGAUUAUGUGGCUAAUUUUUGGUGCACCACUUCAGUGCUUGUAAAAUGGAAAAAAGUAUUUACUACACAAUCAUUGAGAAUUUUUAGCCUUGCUGCAACCGUUUUAACCUGUCUACCCUCAAUGGUUCAACAAGUGCUUGCUCCAAGCAGUAAGGGCUUUCUUUAUGGGCUGCUAAAUAGUUCUUUGUCGUUCUACUUAUUCUCAUUUCAAGUGCACGAGAAGUCUAUUCUGCUUCCACUUCUGCCUCUUAGCCUGUUAGCUCUGGAAGAGCCUCGUUCUUUGUUGUGGUUAACACACUUUGCCAUGUUCUCUAUGUUUCCUCUUCUACAACGUGACAAACUGGUUCUAGCAUAUAUGGCUCUUUAUGCUCUCUUUGUCCUUCUCUAUUUUGCACCUGGUGGGCCAGGUGGAAGAUGCAACAGCAGCAAAACCCUUGAUCAUAAACAAAAGGCCAAGAAAGGCACGAAGUUUGUUUCUUCCGUUGCUUUCCACCCACUUGUAAUGGGCUUUCUCUGUUUGUGUUCUCUUAUUCUGCAUGUUAUUUACUUGACUAUGCGUCCUCCAAAGAAGUAUCCUUUCCUUUUUGAGGCAGUGAUUAUGCUUCUCUGCUUUUCUCAGUUCAUUAUAUUUACUUUUUACUUUAAUUCAAAGCAAUGGAUGUUGUUGAAACAUCUUACAUCGAAAGAUAAACAAAAGAAGCUUAUCUGAUUGUUCACUAACAUUAACUUCAUGAGAAGUACUACUUUUUAUUGGGAUGUGGCAGCAGACUCGUUUGUGAAUACUUGGUGAAUGGAUUUUCAUUAUGCCAGACU